UUCUGCAGCCGUAUGAGGUGGAGGUGGAGGCGGAGGCGUUUGCGGGGCAAUUUGGGAGUAAUAACGAUGAUAAUAAUUUUAGAGAGAGUUUGGAUGGAGAAGUAGAAGUUGAAGUGUGGGGAAUGCAGGAUUCUCUUUCUUCCUCUUCUUUGCAUAUCAAACAGGGCGGCGCCGGCGCCGGCGCCCCUCUUAACGAUUUUGAUGAUAUCAAACUUCACACGGAUCACCAUGAUCAUCAUCAGCAUCAUCAACAUCUUAAGUUUCACCCUCAUCAUCAUGACCUACUUCAUCACAGUGAAGAAGCUAUGCUGAAGAUGGACAAUGUGAUGUUGAAAGAAGACUCUGACCCAAUACAACAGGCUCAAGAGCAAGACCUUAAAGGUGCAGUAGACACUUUAUUUACCUUCUCAAAUUCUGAUACUUAGCUUCUACAACUUCAACUCAACAUUAGUUCUCUGCUUUUUUAGUCCAUAAAUACCCUUUGGAGAAGAAAAAGGUGUCACUUGUCAGUCACUUAUUAUGAAGGAGAAGGGGGCUAAAACAGUCAAUAAAAUUUUUCACCCUUCUCCAGUUUAUAACCUUCUUCCAUCAUUCKUUCUUUUUGUAAGAAUACAACAUUAGUAUACCAAUUCAUUAAUCUUUCAAACUCACAGGAAAUCACAACAUCUUUCUUUGUUGACUUAUGC